AUGUUUCACAAUGCUCUCCUAGUGCAGCGAUCUGCGACGGAGCAUGGUGUUUAUAAGAUAAACCAAGUUGAGAACCCAGCAUUAUGUGGUAACAAGAGCAAGGAUCGAAUGCCUUUCAGUCUGACUACGGGUAUAUUUACCGUGUCUGGAUCACUACACACAACGACCCUAGAAAUGGAAGCCACACUGGCAGUGUAUAAGAUGGAUAUGGGUAUCCUCUAUGGAUAUGCGAACCAUGGGAUUAAAGUUGAUAUAGAUCUUAAUAUGGUGAAGGGUCGCAUUGAGCUACGAUUGACAGGUCUUGAUGAACUGUGGCUUCACAUCGAUACGAAGGUCCUUCAGGUGGCCGAACAGGGCCUUGGGGAGUUCAUAGAAUAUAAGAAGGCCCAUCUUAUCCAAGAACUUCCAGGAAUUAGAUGCGCACCCUGGGUUUCUGAUGGUGUUAAUCUUUAG